GCGGGGUUGGCGCUGAGUUCCCGCAGCGCCACCGCCACUUGUAAACAGAUCGUGCUUCUCGUGAUGUGUGUGAGGUAUUUGUGUGGGGGCAACCAGACAUUAUCCGCCACGGCGGCAGGUUGAUGACCAAAGGCGGCAGCGGCGGGAUUCCCUGGCAGUGGGUGCGCGGCGGACACCGAGCAGAAAGGAAGUGAUUCUCUGUCCUACCUCCCCACCCCCGCCGUCUCGGUCGGGAUCCAGCGCAUUCUCCUCCCUUAGCGCCUUUCCCGUUCCCCCGUCGCUAAGAUGGCUGAUGGUGGGCAGUGAGGCGGGGCUGCGGGGUGUUGCUACCGGCCGGCGCCCGGCGGGGCAGGCGGGGGCGGCUGACGGGGCAGGACAGGACAGGAUCGGUGCGGUGGGGUGGGGUGAGGUGCGUGUGUGUGCGUGGGAAGCCGCGCGGCGCCAUGUCCGCCUUCGCCCUGGAGGAAACGCUGGAGGCCGACUGGGUGGCCGUGAGGCCUCACGCUUUCCAGGAGCGAGAGAAGCACAAAUUCGUCUUCAUCGUGGCUUGGAACGAGAUCGAGGGCAAGUUCGCCAUCACCUGCCAUAACCGCACGGCACAGCGCCAGCGCAGCGGCUCCCGUGAGCUAUACUGCGGCGGCCUUGCCGCCCCCGAGGCCGGCAUCCCCACGGUGAACAGGGGCCAGGCCUGGAGUAGGGACUUCGGCCUGGCGCGCGGCUCCUCGCACCUUUGCGCCGAGGCGGGGCUGCGGGGCUACGAGCGGGGUGCGGCGGCUGAGGCGCUGCUGAAGAGCCCACUGUGCGUCAAGAGCAGCCCGGCCCGGAGGCCGCUACGGGGCCCGGAGGCGGCAGGUGCCGUCGAAGAGAUAGAAGCGUUAGAGCUGGGGAAGGAGGAGGCCGCCUCACUGUCGCCCUCGCCGCUGCGGGCAGACGAGUCGGUCGCUCCCGACGCGGAGCCCGUGGGGGGGGAGGAGUGCAGCUGGGCCGGCCUCUUCUCCUUCCAAGACUUGCGGGCUGUGCACCAACAGCUGUGCUCGGUGAACUCGGAGCUGGAACCCUACCUGCCUGCCUUCCCCGAGGAGCCUUCAGGAGUGUGGACGAUGCUGUUUGGAGCCCCGGAGCUACCCGAGCAGGAGAUGGACGCUCUCUGUUACAAACUGCAAGUUUACUUGCUCCACAGCUUGGAUACUUGCGGCUGGAAGAUUCUUUUGCAGUUGCUCUUCACUGAGACUGACGACCCCGAAGAGUAUUAUGAGAGUCUGAGUGAGCUGCGACAAAAAGGUUACGAGGAGGUGUUGCAGCGGGCCCGCAGGCGAAUCCAGGAGCUUCUGGAAAAACAUAAGAACACGGAAAGCAUGGUAGAGCUGCUUGAACUGUAUCAAAUGGAAGAUGAAGCCUACAGUAGUCUUGCAGAAGCUACCAUGGAGCUCUACCAAUACUUACUACAACCAUUCCGAGACAUGAGGGAACUUGCAAUGCUUAGAAGACAGCAGAUAAAGAUCUCGGUAGAGAAUGACUACCUAGGACCCAGAAGAAUUGAGAGUCUACAAAAAGAAGAUGCUGAUUGGCAGAGAAAAGCUCACAUGUCUGUGCUUUCUAUUCAAGACCUUACAGUUAAAUACUUUGAAAUAACAGCUAAAGCACAGAAAGCUGUGUAUGAUCGAAUGCGAGCAGACCAGAAAAAAUUUGGCAAGGCAGCAUGGGCAGCAGCAGCGGAACGUAUGGAAAAGCUUCAGUAUGCAGUUUCUAAGGAGACUUUGCAUUUGAUGUGUGCUAAAGAAAUCUGUUUGGAGCAGAAGAAACAUGCACUGAAGGAGGAGAUGCAAAGUCUGAAAGGUGGUACAGAAGCCAUAGCCCAUUUGGACCAGUUAGAAGCUGAUUAUUAUGAUCUACAGCUUCAAUUAUAUGAAGUGCAGUUUGAGAUCUUGAAAUGUGAAGAACUGCUGCUGACAGCACAACUUGAAAGCAUCAGAAGACUGAUGACAGAGAAGAGAGAUGAAGUGGUAUAUUAUGACACUUAUGAAAGUAUGGAAGCCAUGCUUGAAAAAGAGGAUAUGGCAACGUCUGUACACUUGCAAAAAGAGGAGAUGCAAAAGUUACAACGAAAACUCCGCCAACUGGAAGCAAAGCGUGGACAUAUUUCAGCCAAGAAAGCCUACCUCAGAAAUAAGAAGGAGAUCUGUAUCACAAAGCAUAAUGAAAAGAUCCAGCAUCAUCACGAGAGUGAGGAGGAAUACAAGAUGCUCCAUACUGUUCAGCUAAAGCAAGAUCAGCUACAUGAUGAAGAGGAAAGAAAGAGCUCCUGGGUUAGUCAGGAACGACAGAAAACACUGGACAGACUUCGCAUGUUUAAACAGCGGUACCCUGGGCAAGUAAUACUUAAAUCAACCAGACUACAACUGGCUCAUGCAAGAAGACAAUGUGCAGCCAGCUCAGUGUCCUGUGUAGAUCAGCCUAAAUCUUUGCCAGCAACCAUACAAAUCCAAGAGAAAAGUGAAGAGGUAGACUUGGAAAAUACAGUUCAGCCUUUGCAAGUGCAGGAAUCCACAAGCUUCGAACAAUUUCAAGUUAUCUUGUUACCUCCCAAUGGUGUUACCUCUGAACUGCCUCAUGUUAGUACUUCUCCACUUGCCAGUAAUGAGCUUCAACCAGAGACUGUUACUGUAGUACCGCUUCCACCCCCUUUGCCUCCACCACCCCCACCUCCACUUCCACCUUUGCCCUCCAAGGAAGAUGACACCAAAUCCUUAAAGAAAAGCAACAGUUUUGUUAAACAUCAGAGUGAGGAGAAGGGAGUCCAGCACUCUUCCAGUGUCCCAACAGCACGUCUGUUUGACAGCAGUCAGCUAGUCAGUGCCAAGAAGAAGCUUAAGAAGACCAGUGAUCUAGAGGGCUUACACAGGAGGAGAGUGAGUUCCCCAAUGGAUGAAGUGCUAGCUUCCUUGAAGCGUGGCAGUUUUCACUUAAGAAAAGUUGAGCAGAGACAUCUCCCUCCUUUUCCCGAUGAAGAAGAUAGCGAAAACAUCUUGACACAGAUCAGGAAAGGGGUGAAAUUGAAGAAAGUGCAGAAAGAUGUUUUGAGAGAAUCCUUUACAAUUCUGCCCAAUACUGACCCUCUGACAAGGAGCAUCCAUGAAGCAUUGCGACGAAUUAAGGAAGCAUCACCUGAAUCAGAGGAUGAAGAGGAGAGUUUGCCUUGCACAGACUGGGAAAAUUAAACUGUAAUUAAUCUACAUUUAAGAAAAUAUAUUUCUUCAAUGCUUUUUGUAUAGCAAUAGCUGCUAAGCCUCAGGUUAUGCAUUCUAGGAGUCUUUCUAUGAAUGUGACUAAACUGUCUGACAUCCAAUGUGGUAAAACAUGCACAGAUUAAUUUAGUAUCACUGACUUUUCAAAGGAAUUUACAGUUUAUAGUAAGGAAAACUUUUUAUAGGCAACAUCUUAGCCAUUUAUUGUUUGAAUUCUUUUGCUGAAUAGUGACAGAACUGCUCCUAUAAAAAGCUCUAUUUUAUUUACUAAAUUUGAAGGGACUGUUUGCAUCUUACCAAAAUGCUUCAAAAAGCUUUUAAGUAACAAAGCAGCACAAUCUCUCUUGGACACACCCUGCACUUAUUCUCUAAUUACUUCUGGCCUUGUAAAAAUUUAGCAUGUUUAUCACUUCAGACUGAAUAGCUCCAAGUGAUGGAUGAUGAGAUUUGACUGCUGAACACAUUGAAAUCUCAUUGGUUACCUUGUGUGACUGACUCUUUGCUAGCUUGAUUUCAAUCUGUAAACACAGACUUAAUUGCAUUUCUAGACUAUAAACAGCAAAUAUACAAAUAUCAUUUAUACUUCUGUUACUCAUAUUAAUCCUGUGAACUUGCAUUAUAUUAAGCUAUAGUGCCUGAAAGUACAGAUAUUAGACUUCAGCAGAUGAAGUUGAUUUCAGAACAAACCAGAAAUUGGCAAGAGUUGUGUUUUCAAAAUUAAGGCUCCAUCAGUAGCACAAAGAGAUUCUUGAUUACAACACCACCAUAUAGCACUAUUAUUCUGUGGCAGUUCUUUUCUGCUACUGCCAUAUGGAUGAAUUUAAGGCUAAAUAAAAGAUUCCAUUAAACUUAUUUGCAAGUAUUUUAAAAUUGGAAAAAGAGAGGUAUGACAAUCUCUUAAGAAUUUAAACAUUUGUUUAGGGAUGAAAGGUUAUUUCAAGAGUAUGGGAGAUCAAUAUUUAUAAUCCUUGCAACACAGGUAGCAGUAGAAAAAAAGAUAACCUUCUUGGAUGUUUACAAUCAGGCUAUUCUAUCCUGGUUAGUUAUUACCAUAGCUGGAGAGUGACUAUUGAUAAAGUGCUACAGCUGUUUAAAAAGGGAUGGUGACUUAGCACAUCAUCUGCUGAAUGUUGUGAUUAUGAAAUACUAUGUCUCAAACUGUUCCACUGAUAUGCUAUUUUCAAAUAUUAAUUAUAUUUAUCAUUUUUUAAGAAGGAAAAUAAAUGUUGCCUUUAUUUCUUCAUGAACUAGCCAUUGGCCACACUAAUGAUUUAAUACUGUUUAAUUAUGUCAUACUCCUUCUAUACCAAAUGUACUGUUAGUUUUGGAGUGGAAAAUCCAGGAGUGGAGGUAUACUUAACUCUUGCUGAAACUCAAAGUGAGAAUAAUUUUGCUUGGAUCUAACUUUUUCUGUUCUUUGCAUACUGAAAACUCCCGCUACCACAGCCCUUCAGAAAUGAAGUGAUAGCUAUAAAAAAAGACAUGCCUUGGAAUUUACUUGGCUUUCUCAGUGCAAUUAUUCUCUUUUAAUUUCCUAGAUAACUGAGCAAAUUUCAACUUUGUGAUUUGACUUUAUGGUUUUAGUAAACCUAACUUAUUCUUUGGGAUCUUGUUUGCAUUAUUUAGCAAGAAUACUCUUUAACACUAUGGGUCAUUAAAAAAAAAAAAAAUUAUCAAAGAGUGACUUUGAUUUUUUUUAAUCUAGUUGGUGUACAUCCUAAAUGUUUUCCAUUGGAAGAGUAUCCUCUUAGAAGUCUUUUGUGUACAUCGCUGUAUAAUAUAAAUACAUGUGUUUUUCUCUGCUAUCUUUUGCAGCCCUUUAGAAUCAGUUCAGAGUGCAGACUGAAAAUCACUGCCAUUCAGUCAGUACCUGUAGUGCACCAGUUGUUGUCUCCUUUUUAACAGUCUACAGUUAUAGCAUUUUCCCCUUUUAAAGAUGCUCUCCUGUCAAAUGCUGAGGUCCUGGGAAAUCACUUGGACCUAAAGCAGGAUGCAGAGUUCUGAGUGUGUGCUCCUUGCAGUUUUUCACACACCUGGGACCUGUUUUCUCUUACCAAUACCAUAUUUUUUUAUGAAAACAAUCUUGUUUUCAUGAAAUGAGACUGUUUAACAGUUAGUACAGAUUUGACUUAAAAAUGGUUGUACAAAAUAGCUAACAGCUCAGAAAGGAAAAAAGGGCCCCUGCUAUGGAAGUUUGUGAAAUAAUCUGAGAGAACAGAGAGAUUGAGACAAAGCCCUCAUGAAAUUCAGCUGAAUAAAUACUUUUCACAUAGUUGAGUGUACUUGCUUGAACAUAUAGAUUGGUUACUCAGUAGUUAUUACACAAGAAGAAAAAUCUUAAUAAAAGUCUGUUGUAGAAGUUGCAGAAUAGUAUUCUUCAUUAUAAUAGUAUCAGUUUAAUACCAUGCUUUAUUAAAAAGAUUGAUCUACUGAUUUUUAACUAAGUUCUGCACAUCCAAAAAAAACAGUGGCAUAGAGGUUUUAGGUUGAAAACAGUUAUACAAAAGUAUAUUGGCACAUAUGUUACAAACUAUGCUUAAUAUAUAUGCAUCCUUAUAGGCUAAAUGUAAUGUAAUUAUUUGCCUUAGGAAUAGAGGCUAAAUCUGAUAUAAUGACGUAUGUUUAUUAAGUGCCAAAAGUGUCUUAAUGUAUGUGCAGCAGUAGUAUUAAAAUGCACAUUGAAGUGAUUUCCUUAAUUGUUGAAGUUUCAAGACAAACUAAUAGUAACUAAUUCCUGCAGAUAUAGUCAUCACUUGUAUUGCCUGCUUUAUGAGUUAACUUGUACAUAAAGUUGCGACUAACUUUGUUUCUUUUAAGAGCAAUUCCUUCCUUAUGGACAGUAACCCAUGUACAAAAAUGUUGAGGCAUUCUGUGUAUCUGAAGUACAGAUGAACAAGCAGUAUAAAGAUGUGGUAGCUUCUGUAUGAAAAAACAGAAUGUUAUUGGUUAUCAAAAGUGUCCCAAGCCUAUCUGUGUAUGUGCACAUAAUGGUACACAUAAAUCAGUACAAUACAUUUAGAGUACUGUAUGUAAUGCGAAGCCCAGGUUCCUGGGAGUGAUGGACAGUGUAACUGGUUGAAGAAGCGAGCUUUUGCUCUCCAUAGUUUUCUAAUCCAGUAUUUUGGGCCUCUUCAAGCUCUAAUCUGUGUUCAUUGCCAAUAAUACCAAAAGGCAAAAAAAGACUUGGUCAUACUCUGUGUCUCCUGGCUCCAGAGUUAAAGUGUCAUUACCCUGGGAGCAAAGAGAGAAUCAAGGCUUUUAAAGACACUGCUCAGUAUUGCAUGUUGGAUUUGCCAAAUAUGUUGAUCAGAGAUAAUUUGUACAGCCAUUUAGCUUUUCAGAUGUUGCUUCCCUCCCCCCAAACAGGUGAUUCACAGCCACUGAAGUGAGAAAAGAAAACCUGGUUGAAGAUUACUUUUCCUCUUAAUUUCUGAAAAUUCAGAACCAGCAGUUUUGACCAUCAAUUCUAUAGAAGGCUUUCUUUGUCGAAAAAGUCUUUCUUUGUCAAAUGAUUCAGUGUGUGGGGAAAAUGGCCUGAAAUGUUAAUUUUCAGGUCACUUCUUUCUUUAAUUUGUUCCAAAAAUUCUGUUUUGGGCAGAAAGCUAAGUUGUUCAGAUGUGCAUUUUAUAUAAUCAGGAAUGCCCAAUCCUUAAGCACUUUUUAUAUUUGCGUUAGUAAUGUGUGGCCAGUUAAGUGAGCGGGAGGGGGCAUUUUGAGCUGGGAGAAUACUUGCUGUUAGAGUAACUUUGGGAUUCAGCUAAGACAUUAAACCAGCCAUAAAAACUCCCUUUCACUGCACUGAAUAUAUCAUCUACUCAAAAAACUAAUUAAAUAGCUCCUUGCAGAGAAGCUUGCUAUGUAGCAGUGUGAUGUUCUAGAAUGAGCAGAAUUCCUAUUUGCACUACUGUAGCUGAAAUUCAGUAAUGUGCAACUAAGAUUUGUUUUUUUCUUCUUAGUUUGAAGAAGUGUAAGUCAGUGUGAAAUAUAACAAGUGACUACAGCACAAUGAGAAAUAAGAGCUGAAUUCAGUACAUGUUCAAGAAUGUGUUUGUUGUCAGCAUGGUACAUUUAGCAAGACAUACUACAGCACCUUUUUAGAAGGUUAUUUAUAGUCUUACACCUUUUUAAAGUAGACAUUUUCAUGCUUUUUAAAAAUAAUAUUUAGCUAUGCUGAACCAAGCUUGUUGUACUUUAUCAUUUGUUAUAAGAAGCAAUAUUUUGUAAUUUCAUACUUAAAAUUAUUUUUCUCUUUUGGUUUAAAAUGGCUUUUGAUUACUGUAAACAGCCUUCUUUAAAAAAGAUCAAAACACUUAUACAUACUGAUACUUCAGUUGUGAAAAUCAUGUUUCUCUUGCUGUUUUUUAUUAUUGCCUUUAGUGGCUGCAAAAAUAUUUGUAUUUCAUACCCAAAAGUCUCUUGGCUGAAACAAAACACUUCCCUUUUGAUCCUGAGGUUUUUUAAAGGAGAGUUACAACUUCAACUGCAGUGAAUACUUACUUAGAAGUAAUCCUAAACUUCAUGACUAAUGGCUGCAGGCAGCUACUCUUAUGAUAUCACAGUACUAAAGAGUUAUGUCAGUACUGAAAUACAAAUAGCCUUGUACCAUCUAGAAACUCUAUGUGAUAUUACAGUAAAGUCAGCCUAUUACAAUUCUAAGAAAACUGAAUUUUCACUAGCAUUUUAUUUUUACUAGCAUGACAUACACUGUUUGAGAAAUACACAAUCCCUGUCCUUUGUGUAGUGUGUUCCAUUCACCACUCCUCUUGUGAAAGACUAACUACUAUGUGGUUGUUUUUUUAUAAGUGGAGUUAUGCAUUGCUGCUGUCAUGUAAUAGAUCAUGUACUGUGUUAAUUUUUAUAACAGUAGAUUUCAUGUCUUGCCAUUUACUUUUAUAAAUAGGAACAGGAGAAUUUACCUUAGCAGCUCAGCUGUUGGACCCUUCAGCUGUUUAGCUGUGGCUGUCCUGAAAUUAAAGCUCUAUCAAACAUCUCAAAAGGAUAUCACUUUAUCCUUGCUAUCGACAGGCAUUUUCAUAACCUUGUUGCCUUAUUUAUAAAGUUAGUGAACAUUCAUUUUCAAAGCACCUGUGAGCAACAUUAUUGCAGAGUUGUAUCAAUUUUGCUGUGUGUAUUAGUUGUCAGGUCUGUAUUCUUCUGUCCUGAGAUCAGCUCUAUGAAACACUUGAUACUGGCUUUCCAGGGACCUAAAACUAAACAAUGUUUGUUGUUCUAUUUUUUUUCUUAAACCACUUCUCUGAACCCCAAGUUACACGGUGUGGUUGUAAGCUGUCUAAUAGUGUGUUCAUGCAGCAUUAACAGCAAUUUCAAAGUUUAUCAUACUCAUUUGACAUUGCCUGUACUGUAAGCUGUGGUAUAUUUUUGCUCUACAUUUGUCUGUACUUCCAGUCACACCACACUUUAAAACUGAGUUAAUCAAAUUUUUGGCUGUAGCACAAAAUAAAACUAUGAUGUAGAAUGGUAAUUCAGAUUAUACAGUUAAUCUGAAACUUAUUGCUAAAUUAGUAGUGGUGAUUAAGCAACUUUUAUGUUAUUUUUUUCCUAUUUUCCAGCCUGCAUUUUUAUUCACAUAAUCCUCCAAUUUUCUAUGAAAACUGUGCAUGUGUAAUUGUGGUGGGUUGACCUUGGCUGGAUGCCAGGUGCCCACCAAACCGCUCUAUCACUCUCCCUCCUCAGCUGGACAGGGGAGAGAAAAUAUAAUGAGUCAAGUUAAGGACAGGGAGAGAUCACUCAGCAAUUACCAUCACAGGCAAAAUAGACAGAUUGAUAAUUUAUUACCAAUCAAAUCAGAUUAAUGAGAAAUAAAAACUAAAUCUUAAAAACACCUUCCCACACACACCUCCCUUCUUCCUGGGCUCAACUUUACUCCUGAUUUUCUCUACCUCCUCUUUCUGAGUGGCACAGGGGGAUGGGGUUGUGAUCAGUUCAUCACACAUCUCUGCUACUCUUUCCUCCUCAGGGGGAGGAUUCCUCACACUCUUCCCCUGCUCCAGCGCAGGGUCCAUCCCACAGGAGAAAGUCCUCCAUGAACUUCUCCAACGUGAGACCUUCCCAUAGGCUACAGUUCUUCAUGAACUGCUCCAGCGUGGGUCCCUUCCAUGGGGUACAGUCCUUCAGGAACAGCCUACUCCCAUGGGGUGGGGUCACAAGCCCUGCCAGCAAACCUGCCCCAGCAUGGGCUCCUCUCUCCAUGGAUCCACAGGUCCUGCCAGGAACCUGCUCCAGUGUGGGCUUCUGUACUUACCUGUAUACAUUUCUGGUAAUGAUUCCAUAAGCAUUGACAAUAUAUUAUGUUUAGCACUACAGGGUUAAUGUAACAAGUUAACAGGUGAAGCUCCUUGCAAAGAAAAGGAGUAAACAGAAGCACCUUACUGGGAGAGUGUGUUGCAUAAUUUCAAUGCUACCAGAGCUGACAGAUAGUAGGUCAUCCUAAACGACUUUAAAUUGUUCUUUGGUGUAGUAAGCACACUGACAUUUCUAUCAGUGCUGUAAGAAAUACAGUAAUAGCUGGUUUUAACCUCUAAACAUACUGUAAUUUAUUUUUUUCCUACAAAGUAAAUUUAUAUUUAAUUGCUGCCUAAUACAUGUACUUAAAGUUAGAAUUUUUAGGAUUGAGGGUGGGUGGACAUGCCAGUAUAUUUUAGGGAGAGGCUGUUGUAUAUAUGUUUCUUUGCACUUCCUGUUCAAUUUGACUAUUAAUCCAUAACUCCCAGCUCUGACUGUAGUGAAUCUGCAACCUGACAUUUGUGUAUUUUUAUUGUGAUUCAGGUCUUCUAUAUUCUGUGGCCCAGAGCUUCAGAAUGUGACAGAAAAGACUGUCUUUCAAUUCUGAAAUGUGAAUGCUCUGUUGUACCUCUAAUAUGGAAAAUAACCAAGCAAUUAAUUUUACUCUGCUGAGUUUCUAAUAUUAAUGUAGAGUAUUAUUUGAAGCUGAUAUCUAAGGCUAUUAAGCAGUAGUGUGUCCAUUUAGAAAGAGUAAGAAGGAUGAUGGCCAUUUUGGUGAGUAUAGUCCAAAUUCUACAGAGAUUUUAUUCAAGAAACUGUCACCUAUUCAGUAAUUAGUUUGCUGUAGACCAGCUUGAUUUCUAAGAUUCUUUUAGGAACAUUGUUUUUGAUCUCUGAAUUGGGAAAUAGGUGUUGAGUAUUAGGGAUGCUUACUUAACAACUCCCAGCUGUGUUACUGUGGUUGCUGUCUUUUGGAUUUCAUCUUGUAUAUAUACAAAUACAGCAUCAUUAAGAUGAAAGCUCAAGAAAUACAGAUGGCUGCAGAUUCUUGUAUGAAUGAAGCCAGUAAAGGUUAAUGAAACUAACUUCUUUUUUAAGCCUGUUAAAUAAAUGAGAAAUAAUCAAAAGAAAACAAAUUUGCCAUUCACUAGCUUUGUGCAAUAUUAUUGGUAGUCUUAAACACUAGUACAUUGUGCUUGGCUUUAAGAAAGAUUUUUAACUCCAUUAUAUUCAAAAGAACAUAUUAAAUGCAUAUUUUAUUGCAAACAAUAAGUUUACUAUAGCUAAAAAUCUUAAUGUUAUAAAGUAUUAAGCAACAAGCAUGUUUUAAAAAGUAAAAAAACUAAGUAUUUCUAGCAAUACCUAAAAACUAAAAAGAGAUUUAACUAUCUACUGUCUGCCUCUUGCUCUUUUUUCUUUAGUGCAGCUUUUCUGCAAUACAAGUUUAUUGCUGUGUAUUUAAUGGUUUUAAUGUAUUAAUGGUUUUUAAUAUGACUCAGAAUUUUAAACUAGUACACAAAGUACCAAACUCGCCUUCUUGUAUAUGCGAUGUAAGAUCAUACUCACAGUU